AUGUCUGCACAAGCCGUCAUCUAUGUAUCUGCCUUCCUGGGCAUGACAGUUCUCAUGGGUCUCUUUGCCGGACUCAUCUAUCGCCGACACCGCAUGAUGGUCGACCAGCACCGUGCCUACGAACGUAUGGCCCAAGAACGCAUCCGGCAAGCCCAAGACGAGAACUUGCCUCCGUUCUAUAUUGACCAUGUGCGGGACCGUGCAUGUGUCUUUGAGGGCGAACCCCCACCAGACAACACUUUCCUUAGGAUGCUCGAGGUAGUCGUUGUUCGUCCUAGGAGGCAAGAGUCCAUGCAGGACCUCGUCGAUGCAGGAAUUGUACCACCAGGAACAGGAAACACAGAAGCAGGAUCGGGAAUAGAGACUGAAGGCCUGUCUGAGGCAACAUCAAACAGCCCUCACUCGCACCACCGUCGCAACCUUUCGUCCACACUGGGUCUGCCAGACUUGAUUGUCUCGGAAAUGCCUCAUCUGGGUUUGGGCAUCACUGUCGUGGAAUCAGGAGUCAUCCGCCCUACCCCUGCCACUCUUCGCAGACCAACGAGGGCUAUGACUCCCAACAAUACGCCAACCGCCCUGGCUGCAGCGGUCCUUGUGCCCCCUGUCCCAACCUCGGCUGUCGCCAUUCACGGUGACAGUAACAGAAAUGAUAUGGGGGAUGGACAGGAGAGUAUUCAUACUUUACCUCCGCCACCCUCUUACGACAUCACCCGUACCCAUGCCACCACAGGUAUUGCAGAACCAAACUCCAUUGCUCACCUAGUGAGUGCACCCUCAGCAACCGGCGACUUCUUCACUCACCACCUCCACCACCACCACAGCCACACUCAUACUCAGCAAGACAACAACCAGCAACAGGCAAGCACACCAUCAUCAUCAGCGGUCGAACAACAGCUGAGCUCGCCAUCAUCGACACCCAUUGACGCCCCUCGCUACUCCGACGAGUUCCCGUCCCACAUCACUCACGAGCAGCACCUUGAGGGAUAUCGGAGUGCAAGAGCCAUCUCUAAUGUUUCCCUGCGGCAGCAAGACGGAUCUCCGUCACUCUCAGCCGCUGCUGCUACUUUUGUCGAUCAAACCACCAACGCCGCAGCAGCGGUAGCACCGACGGAGUCAUCACCUUUGUCAUCAUCACCAUCAUCGUUAUCCUCUUCAGCGCAGUCGCCUUUUCCUGCGGAGACUUUACACUAG